AAAUAACAUAUGUUAUGUAAUAUCGUUAAAUCAGAUCGUGCAUAAUGUAUAGUGUAAUUUUGUGUGCAAAAUACCUUUUCGUUAUUUAUUAUGUGAUUUGAAUCGUGUAUUUGCGCGCUCCGUUAUAGAAACCGUGUGUUAUUUAAAUAAGUAGAAGAAAUAUUGUUAUUUGAUAACGAUUUAAGUGCAGUUGGUUAACUUUCUGUUUUGUGAAUAUUGAUCGUUAAACUACAGAGGCUACAAAGAGUCUUCCAGAGAGCUUACUCGGAUGCCAAAUUUCCUCAGAUUACGACUCAUUACACAGUAGUGCCUAGGGAAACAGAUACAAGAUGGAAAGAAAUAAAUAUGGAGAGGUAUGUGGACGAGACCGACAUUCUCAUUGUUGGUGGUGGUCCAGCUGGGUUAUCGGCAGCUAUUCAGGCUCGUAGACUGGCAGAGAAGCAUGGCAAAGAGCUCAGAGUUACUCUCGUUGAGAAAGCAUCCACUAUUGGUGGACAUAUCCUCAGUGGUGCUUGUUUAGAUCCAGUAGCUUUAAAUGAAUUGUUUCCAAACUGGAAAGAAUUGGGUGCACCGCUGACUACUCCUGUAACAGAAGAUAAAUUUGCUUUUCUCACUGAAAAGAAGAGGAUAUCUAUCCCUAUUUUUAAAGGAAUGCCAUUGUAUAAUCAUGGAAAUUAUAUAGUAAGAUUAGGCCACGUUGUGGCAUGGCUCGGGGAGCAAGCUGAAGCUGCUGGCGUUGAGAUGUAUCCUGGCUAUGCAGCGGCGGAAGUUCUAUAUCAUGAAGACGGAUCUGUCAAAGGGGUGGCCACGAACGACGUUGGUAUUGCUAAAGACGGCUCGCCCAAAGACACGUUCGAAAGAGGCAUGGAGCUUCACGCGAAAUGUACCAUAUUUGCAGAAGGCUGUCAUGGUCAUUUGACGAAACAGGUGUCAAAGAAAUUUAAUCUCAGGAAGGACUGUGAGCCACAGUCCUAUGGCAUUGGGUUAAAAGAGGUUUGGGAGAUAGAGCCAGGCAAACAUAGACCUGGAGCGGUCGAGCACACAGUCGGCUGGCCACUUAACAAGAAUACGUACGGUGGAUCGUUCCUGUAUCACUUGAAAGAAGAAACUCCUCUAGUCGCUGUAGGUUUCGUGAUAGGCUUGGAUUACAGUAAUCCCUAUCUGCAUCCGUUCAAAGAGUUUCAGAGAUUUAAGCAACAUCCAAGUAUUAGACCAACGUUUGAAGGAGGAAAAAGGAUAGCCUACGGUGCUAGAGCCUUAGUAGAAGGCGGUUUCCAGUCCAUCCCUAAACUUCAAUUUCCCGGCGGUUGUCUCGUCGGAUGCACAGCAGGUUUCCUAAAUGUGCCAAAGAUUAAAGGGACGCACAACGCCAUGAAGAGCGGCAUGUUGGCUGGAGAAAGCGUCAUCGAAGCGAUUAUAGACGCGGAAAGUAAUACUUCGUCGACGAAGGGCUUGGAACCGAAAACAUACACGGAUAAAAUAAAGAACAGUUGGAUCUACAAAGAACUAAAAGCCGUGAGAAAUAUAAGACCGAGUUUCCAUUCCUCUCUUGGAUUGUAUGGCGGUAUGAUGUAUUCAGGUUUCUCUAUGUUGGUGGGUGGAAGGGAGCCGUGGACCUUCUCACACGGAGGUCCUGAUUAUACGAAAUUGAAAUCCGCAGCUGAAUCCACGCCCAUAGAGUAUCCUAAACCAGACAACGAAGUAUCCUUCGAUCUUCUGUCGUCGGUAGCUCUCACCGGUACCAACCACGAAGCUGAUCAACCAGCGCAUUUAACUUUGAAGGACGACACCGUUCCAGUGAAGAAAAAUCUAGCACACUUCGGUGGUCCGGAAGGAAGAUUCUGCCCUGCUGGUGUUUACGAAUUCGUGCCAUUAGAAAGCGGCGACGGCGAAAGGUUACAGAUCAAUGCGCAGAAUUGCAUCCAUUGUAAGACUUGCGACAUCAAGGAUCCGAGCCAGAACAUCAAUUGGGUCGUGCCCGAGGGUGGCGGCGGGCCUGCCUACAACGGCAUGUAAAAUGGAUCAGCGAUUCGUCGAUUUCAAAUUGUUCGACGAUUUCCAAUUAUACUCUCAUCGAUUCGAUAUAGAUCUUACAUAUUUUCUUUCAUAGAAGCAUAGAUAUUUUGCGGCAUUGUGGUCACGUUUUCGAAUGUACAAAUCGUGCUUCAGGCGCAUUCAAUUGUAACUCACAACAAACUGUGGAUUAAAUUCGCGCCAUUGUGAUAUAAUUAUUAAACGCACGACAUGAAUGGAGAAGUUAUUUCUGGUUCGGAUGAUUAAUACAAUUAUACGAUAUUCGCUCGAGGGGAAAAGAGGGAGACAAUGCGAGAGAAAAAAACAGACGGUCCGUCUCCUUUUUUUCUAUCCAUUCUCGCGCAUACAUGUCAAUUUUGAAACUAUAUAUAAAUAACUCUUUGUCCAUCAGGGCAGUUUGCAAGAUUUAUUGUUUUGCCGGGGAUAACAGUUAUUGAACCGUAUAUACAUAUCGUCGAACGGAUUGGGGGAAAUCACAUGGUACAUUAAAUUGAUGAAAACCUUGAAAACGUCGGUGCGCCUUUUGUGUGAUAAAUUUUUUAAAUUAAAUGUUUUUGGAACAUUUAAAAAGGAGAAAAAGGUUUUUAUACAAAUAUAAGUACAUACAUAUGUACUUUGUUCUAUAUAAUUUGUAAAAGCCCAGAUUUGUAUACACAAACUAAAAAAAUCAAACAAACACGACUGCUAUUAGGUUUAAAUUAAUUUGUAUAAAAUAUAUAAGGAAAUUUUGAUUUGCAUAU